AUGAGUCGAAUAGGGUUACGGAAACGGGAACAUUCACAGGAAUUUCUUGAUAGAUCGGGGCAGGACCGUCCUCAGGAUUUGCGAGGCCCAGCAGGGCAAAAACCAAUUUUACCACUUUUUUUCAAACGCAAGGCCUCCAAAUGGAUUGAAAAGUUAGUAGUUCCAGUAUCCGAAGGUAAUUUAAUUAAGUAUUAUGUUUACAAAGAACAAUUGUUUCAACUUCUUAAUGAAACACAUACGUCUGUGGGACAUGGAGGCAGUACAAUUAAAAAAGGUUUAGUUGUAAAACCUAUACUUUCAUCAGAAUUGAACUCUCGCUGUCAAAUGGAUUUAAUAGACAUGCAAGCUCAGCCUGAUGGCGAUUACAAGUUCAUAAUGGUCUAUCAAGAUCACCUUACGAAGUUCGUAAUUCUUAGACCGUUAACCCAUAAACGGGCUGAAGAAGUAGCCUACGUGUUAAUUGAUAUUUUUACAACAUUUGGAGCCCCGGCAAUUUCGCAAAGUGAUAAUGGAAGGGAAUUCGCCAAUAAAGUUAUUAUUGAGUUUUGUAGUAUGUGGGAAGAACUUAAGAUUGUCCACGGAAAGCCUAGACACUCACAAAGUCAAGGGUCUGUUGAAAGGGCCAACCAAGAUAUUCAAAAUAUUCUCGCAACAUGGUUAGCCGAUAAUAAUUCAAGAAAGUGGAGCGAAGGUCUUAAAUUUGUUCAAUUUAUGAAGAAUCGGAGUUUUCACCAUGAGGAAGAUUUAGAAAAAGCUCUAAGCUGUGGAAUUAAUAUCGAAAACAUAAACGAGAAAUACGAAAAAAGUGAUGGAAGUGAUAAGGACAGUGCAAAACAACUUUUUUCUGAUGAAGAUGAAAACGAUCAAAUAAAAUUGAGAAUAGAAUCAAUUUCUUCAAAUCGAUCGAAUGCUACUGAAAAUCUUACAGUACAAGCUAACAAAAUGAAGAAUUUAUCUGAAGAACGUUUUUUUCCAGGAAAAGAAGGAGAAAAUGUUAAAAUAAAAAUUCCUGAUGUGGAUCGAGCAAGAUGUGAUCUUUGGUGUAUUCUGGGAGUUAUACUUUCUGUAAAAGAUAAUUUAUAUGAAAUUGGAACAAACGAGGGCAGAUUACAUCAACUCUACAGUCGGAACCAAUUCACAAUAUGUAAAGAGGUGUUUAUCCAGGCUGAUGAUGUACCACCAGUACAAAUUUCAUUAAGAGAAGUGGCAAGAAAAUCUUCUAAUUUGGGUGGCCAAGGGUACGAUAGGUGUACUUGCAAUACAUUGUGUAAGACCAACCGGUGUAAAUGUAAAAGAUCUGGUCGCCUUUGCAACUCAAAGUGUCAUAAUAGUGGUGUAUGUGGUAAUAAAUAA